CUCGCGCCGUGUGAGUGUCCCCGCGCCGCCUCGCGCACUCACUCACUCACAGCAUGGAGUACGAGUGGAAGCCGGACGAGCAGGGCCUCGCGCAGAUUCUGCAGCUGCUCAAAGAGUCCCAGUCCCCGGACACCAGCACGCAGCGAUCCGUGCAGCAAGUAUCCUUGGCAGAGAGAGAGAGAGCCGGCCUGGGGGAGCAGCAUGGCGGGCGGGCCGCGGGGGGGGGGAGAGAGAGCAGCAGUUAAUGGCCGGAGUGUGAGUGUGAGUGUGAGUGGGUCCGGGCUGGGUCUCGGUCUCGGAGAGCGGCCCAGUGAUGCUGUGAGGGGAGAUGCCGGCUCCCGCCAUUGGCAGUGCGUGUGUAGGCCCCAGGGCCCGGGCAGCCGCCUGUUGCUGGGGAUGUGUGAGCAGCUGGGCCCCCAGGAGCUGAGCUAGGGGCCCCCAGGAGCCGGGCUGGGGUGAUAGGGCCCCAUGGGAUAGGGCUCACCGGCCGGGCCUGGGAUCCACAACACCGAGGGGCAAAACUAACACCUUCCCGCCACACCGGGCCUGGGCCACAGCCCUCCGCCACUCUGAUACCACAGUCUGCCAAUACAGAACAAUACUGACUGACAUCUGGCACCCCAACUGUCUGAUACUACAGUCUGCCAAUACAGAAUAAUACUGACUGACUGACUGACAUCUGGCACCCCAACUGUCUGAUACCACAGUCUGCCAAUACAGAAUAAUACUGACUGACUGACUGACAUCUGGCACCCCAACUGUCUGAUACUACAGUCUGCCAAUACAGAACAUUACUGACUGACUGACAUCUGGCACCCCAACUGUCUGAUACUACAGUCUGCCAAUACAGAAUAAUACUGACUGACUGACAUCUGGCACCCCAACUGUCUGAUACUACAGUCUGCUAAUACAGAAUAAUACUGACUGACUGACAUCUGGCACCCCAACUGUCUGAUACUACAGUCUGCCAAUACAGAACAAUACUGACUGACUGACAUCUGGCACCCCAACUGUCUGAUACUACAGUCUGCCAAUACAGAAUAAUACUGACUGACUGACCUCUGGCACCCCAACUGUCUGAUACUACAGUCUGCUAAUACAGAAUAAUACUGACUGACUGACCUCUGGCACCCCAACUGUCUGAUACUACAGUCUGCCAAUACAGAACAAUACUGACUGACUGACAUCUGGCACCCCAACUGUCUGAUACUACAGUCUGCCAAUACAGAAUAAUACUGACUGACUGACCUCUGACACCCCAACUGUCUGAUACUACAGUCUGCCAAUACAGAAUAAUACUGACUGACUGACAACUGGCACCCCAACUGUCUGAUACUACAUUCUGCCAAUACAGAAUAAUACUGACUGACUGACCUCUGACACCCCAACUGUCUGAUACUACAGUCUGCCAAUACAGAAUAAUACUGACUGACCUCUGACACCCCAACUGUCUGAUACUACAGUCUGCCAAUACAGAAUAAUACUGACUGACUGACAACUGGCACCCCAACUGUCUGAUACUACAGUCUGCCAAUACAGAAUAAUACUGACUGACCUCUGACACCCCAACUGUCUGAUACUACAGUCUGCCAAUACAGAACAAUACUGACUGACUGACAUCUGGCACCCCAACUGUCUGAUACUACAGUCUGCUAAUACAGAAUAAUACUGACUGACUGACUGACCUCUGGCACCCCAACUGUCUGAUACUACAGUCUGCCAAUACAGAACAAUACUGACUGACUGACAUCUGGCACCCCAACUGUCUGAUACUACAGUCUGCCAAUACAGAAUAAUACUGACUGACUGACCUCUGACACCCCAACUGUCUGAUACUACAGUCUGCCAAUACAGAAUAAUACUGACUGACUGACAACUGGCACCCCAACUGUCUGAUACUACAGUCUGCCAAUACAGAAUAAUACUGACUGACUGACCUCUGACACCCCAACUGUCUGAUACUACAGUCUGCCAAUACAGAAUAAUACUGACUGACCUCUGACACCCCAACUGUCUGAUACUACAGUCUGCCAAUACAGAAUAAUACUGACUGACUGACAACUGGCACCCCAACUGUCUGAUACUACAGUCUGCCAAUACAGAAUAAUACUGACUGACCUCUGACACCCCAACUGUCUGAUGCUGAUACCACAGUCUGCCAAUACAGAACAAUACUGACUGACAUCUGGCACCCCAACUGUCUGAUACUACAGUCUGCUAAUACAGAAUAAUACUGACUGACUGACAUCUGGCACCCCAACUGUCUGAUACUACAGUCUGCCAAUACAGAACAAUACUGACUGACAUCUGGCACCCCAACUGUCUGAUACUACAGUCUGCCAAUACAGAACAAUACUGACUGACUGACUGGCACCCCAACUGUCUGAUACUACAGUCUGCUAAUACAGAAUAAUACUGACUGACUGACUGACAUCGGGCACCCCAACUGUCUGAUACUACAGUCUGACAAUACAGAAUAAGACUGACUGACUGACAUCUGGCACCCCAACUGUCUGAUACUACAGUCUGCCAAUACAGAAUAAUACUGACUGACUGACAUCUGGCACCCCAACUGUCUGAUACUACAGUCUGCUAAUACAGAAUAAUACUGACUGACUGACAUCUGGCACCCCAACUGUCUGAUACUACAGUCUGCCAAUACAGAACAAUACUGACUGACAUCUGGCACCCCAUCUCUCUGAUACUACAGUCUGCCAAUACAGAACAAUACUGACUGACUGACAUCUGGCACCCCAACUGUCUGAUACUACAGUCUGCCGAUACAGAACAAUACUGACUGACUGACCUCUGGCACCCCAUCUCUCUGAUACUACAGUCUGACAAGACUGACUGACUGACCUCUGGCACCCCAACUGUCUGAUACUACAGUCUGCCAAUACAGAAUAAUACUGACUGACUGACAUCUGGCACCCCAACUGUCUGAUACUACAGUCUGCUAAUACAGAAUAAUACUGACUGACUGACAUCUGGCACCCCAACUGUCUGAUACUACAGUCUGCCAAUACAGAAUAAUACUGACUGACUGACAUCUGGCACCCCAACUGUCUGAUACUACAGUCUGCUAAUACAGAAUAAUACUGACUGACUGACAUCUGGCACCCCAACUGUCUGAUACUACAGUCUGCCAAUACAGAACAAUACUGACUGACUGACCUCUGGCACCCCAUCUCUCUGAUACUACAGUCUGCCAAUACAGAACAAUACUGACUGACAUCUGGCACCCCAUCUCUCUGAUACUACAGUCUGCCAAUACAGAACAAUACUGACUGACUGACAUCUGGCACCCCAACUGUCUGAUACUACAGUCUGCCGAUACAGAACAAUACUGACUGACUGACCUCUGGCACCCCAUCUCUCUGAUACUACAGUCUGACAAUACUGACUGACUGACUGACCUCUGGCACCCCAACUGUCUGAUACUACAGUCUGCCGAUACAGAACAAUACUGACUGACUGACCUCUGGCACCCCAACUGUCUGAUACUACAGUCUGCCGAUACAGAACAAUACUGACUGACCUCUGGCACCCCAACUGUCUGAUACUACAGUCUGCCAAUACAGAACAAUACUGACUGACUGACAUCUGGCACCCCAACUGUCUGAUACUACAGUCUGCCAAUACAGAACAAUACUGACUGACAUCUGGCACCCAAACUGUCUGAUACUACAGUCUGCUAAUAUAGAACAAUACUGACUGACUGACCUCUGGCACCCCAACUGUCUGAUUCUACAGUCUGCUAAUAUAGAACAAUACUGACUGACUGACCUCUGGCACCCCAACUGUCUGAUACUACAGCUAAUAUAGACCAAUACUGACUGACCUCUGGCACCCCAUCUCUCUGCUACUACAGCUAAUAUAGACCAAUACUGACUGACCUCUGGCACCCUAUCUCUCUAUUACAUGUCAUAUAGACCAAUACUGACUGACCUCUGGCACCCCAUCUCUCUGUUACAUGUCAUAUAGACCAAUACUGACUGAUCUCUGGCACCCCAACUCUGCUACUACAUCUCUCCUAUAGGCCAGUACUGACUGAACUGUCACCCCAGCUGUCUGGCACUACAUCUCUCCUAUAAGCCAGUGCUGACUAACCUCUGGCACCCCAACUCUCUGGUACUACAUCUCUCCUGUAUGCCAGUACUCACUGACCUCUGUCAUCCCAGCUCACUUAUACUACAUCACUACUAUAGUCCUGUGUAGACUAACCUCUGCAUCUCAUUUGCCCUCAAUAUAACUUUUCUAAGCCAGGGGUUGGCUAACAUCUGGCAACCCAGCGGCCCUGCACAUUAUAUUUGUCUGGCUUGUCUUCUGACUGCUAGCCUGCACUACAUUUCAUUAUACUUAACCCAGGGGUGACCAAACGUUAGAUCCUCAGCUCUUGGUGGAUCUGCCACUCUGGAUUCUGAUAAAUAAUCUUGAUUUGAACAGCUUUUGGCAACUGCUGCUUAACCAGCUAUUGUGUUAGAUUGAAUACCCAAUGUACUAGGUUUCCUGGAUUCCCUUCUUGUGGAAAAAUUCUUGCAUGCAGUGUUGCCUAUGAUGCUUAGCCAGCCCUUAUGCAACAGCUGGUCAGACAUAAGUUAGUCCUGAACAUGUGAAAAAAAAAUGGAUUAUUAGUGCUUUUGGGUCGGGCAAAUAUUGUGUAUAUGGAAGCAUCUUAUCUGGGCUAAACAAACUCCCAAGUGCCCUCCAACAGCACCCUGUUAUUUUGUUUCGGUAUUUGUUGUGUUUUCUUAACCGGUUUUGUAGGCUACAUUUCCUACGAUGAUCAUUUCAUUGAAUGACUAUCACUGUGAGUCUAGUAGCUUGAGUGACAGGGAUUUACUAUUACUGGUAAGGGAGAAUGCUAGGUUACCUAUUACUGAAAGUUAUGUAUACCUUGUUUUUAUUGGAAAGGUUAUGUAUUGUUCUUGACUCUUGGUAAGACAAAUCUCAUCUAACUUUCUAUUGUGUUAGACUCCUCUAGACUGAGCUUGUUUGUG